GAGCAUCAGCAGAUCGCGUAAGAGGAGGAGAGAGGGAAGGUACCUCCUUGCGCGUUCAACACCACCACCACCAACACCACCACCACCAUCAUCAUCAUCAUCAUCAUCAUCCCCGUCGUUGUCUCUCCUCGUUGAGUCCACAUCGGUGACGGUGAUGCUGCGCUAACACAGCGGAAGGAGAAGCGCCGGAGCGCGGGUGGGAUUUUUUUUUUCCAACUUGAAAAAGGCGGACGAAACCUUUAUAUGUUUGGAUUCCGGCUCUAUUCCCCUUCGCCAAUGCAACAGGAAAUAUGCAGCGAAGCUUCACCCUCCUUUACACCAGUUUACUGGGGAUGUGCUUGGCUUCAAGCGCAAGUUUCCCAAGUAACAUCAAUAUAGGAGGAUUGUUCCCCACCGAGUCCCAUGAAUAUGAAGUGUUUCGCUUCGCCCUCUCUCACCACCAAGACAUUCCCAAACUGGUGCCGCAGGUCGAUAUGGUCAAGAUGGGCAACAGCUUUUCCAUGACAUAUGCAUUCUGCUCCCAGUUCUCCAAAGGCGUGUAUGCCAUCAUCGGCUUGUACGACAGGAAGACGGUCAACAUGCUGAUGUCCUUCUGCGGCGCCCUGCAUGUCUGCUUCGUUACGCCAUCCUUCCCCAUCGAGACGGCCAAUCAGUUUGUCAUUCAGCUGAGGCCGGAGCUGCAGGACGCUCUCGUGGGUGUAAUUGAAUACUACGGAUGGACCAAGUUUGUCUACAUGUACAGUUCAGACUCAGGUCUGACUGUGCUGCAGAAAGUUCUGGACACAGCAGCAGAGAGGAACUGGCUGGUGACAUCAGUCAACGUGGAGACCAUGACUGAGGCAUCGUUCUUGAAAGUGUUCCAGGAUUUGGACAAGAGGAAGGAGGGACAGAUUAUCAUCGACUGUGAGACAGAGCGGCUUACCGGCAUCCUUAAAAAGAUUGUUGAGCAAGGCAAGAAUGCAAAGAGUUACCACUACAUCUUGGCUAACCUGGGUUUUCUGGACAUUGACCUGACAGACCUACGGAAGGGUGGCGCCAACAUCACUGGCUUCCAGCUCGUCAACAACUCAGAGCCCGGCGUCAGUCGAGUUGUCCAGCAAUGGAUGGAGUUUGACAACAAAGAUUCCAAAGUGCCCAAGAGUCGACUCAAAUACACAGGAGCUCUGACAUAUGAUGGCGUAAAAGUCAUGUCAACAGCGUUCCAGAACUUAAGGAGACAACGGAUAGACAUCUCGCGCAGAGGAAACGCUGGAGAAUGCCUCGCUAACCCACCAGCUCCCUGGGGUCAGGGCAUAGACAUCCAGAGAGCCUUGCAGCAGGUUCGUAUAGAAGGACUGACUGGCCAUAUUCAGUUCAACGAGAAAGGCCGUAGAACCAACUACACUGUUAGUGUCAUGGAACUGGCUCCGUCAGGACCCAAAAAGGUUGGCUACUGGAAUGAAGAUGAGAAGUAUGUGACCACCGCAACGUUUAUGAGAGGCAGCAAUGAGACUUAUGGCCUUCAGAACCGAACUUACAUUGUCACUACUAUAUUGGAGUCUCCAUAUGUGAUGCUGAAGAAAAACCAUGAGCAGCUUGUCGGGAAUGAUAAGUAUGAGGGCUACAUUGUGGAGCUGGCUGCAGAGAUAGCAAAACAUGUUGGCUACCAGUACAAACUGAAGAUUGUUUCAGACGGCAAAUACGGAGCCAGAGACCCUGAAACCAAGAUGUGGAACGGCAUGGUUGGAGAACUUGUGUAUGGGAAAGCCGACGUGGCUGUGGCUCCUUUAACCAUCACCUUGGUCCGUGAGGAAGUCAUCGACUUCUCCAAGCCCUUCAUGUCCUUGGGUAUCUCCAUCAUGAUCAAGAAACCCACAAAGUCCAAACCUGGAGUGUUCUCCUUCCUGGACCCCCUGGCUUAUGAGAUCUGGAUGUGCAUUGUUUUUGCCUACAUUGGCGUCAGCGUGGUGCUCUUCCUUGUCAGCCGCUUCAGCCCGUAUGAGUGGCACGCGGACGACUACGAGGAAGGAGGCGAGCCGCAGAGCCCCACUCAGGCGGCGGCCUCCAAUGGCUUGCAGCAGAGCCAGACCACCACCCAGCAGAACACCAACCAGCAAAGCGCCGAGCAGACCAAUGAGUUUGGGAUUUUCAACUCCUUGUGGUUCUCGCUGGGCGCCUUCAUGCAGCAAGGCUGUGAUAUCUCCCCACGCUCCCUUUCAGGUCGAAUUGUUGGAGGAGUGUGGUGGUUCUUUACCCUCAUCAUCAUCUCAUCCUAUACUGCCAACUUGGCUGCCUUCCUGACAGUGGAGAGAAUGGUGUCUCCUAUAGAGAGUGCUGAAGAUUUGGCCAAGCAAACAGAGAUUGCCUAUGGAACGCUGGAUGCUGGCUCUACUAAGGAGUUUUUCAGGAGGUCAAAAAUUGCCGUGUUUGAGAAGAUGUGGUCGUACAUGAAGGCCGCCGACCCGUCUGUGUUUGUCAAGACCACAGACGAGGGCGUAAUAAGGGUGAGAAAAUCCAAGGGAAAGUAUGCUUACCUGCUGGAAUCCACAAUGAAUGAGUACAUAGAGCAGAGGAAACCCUGCGACACAAUGAAAGUGGGAGGAAAUCUGGACUCCAAAGGUUACGGCAUCGCCACCCCCAAAGGCUCCCCCCUCAGAAUCCCAGUAAACCUAGCGGUGUUGAAACUCAAUGAGCAAGCCGUCUUAGACAAACUGAAAAACAAAUGGUGGUACGAUAAAGGGGAGUGUGGCAGCAAGGACUCCGGAAGAAAGGACAAGACGAGCGCUCUGAGCCUCAGCAACGUGGCUGGAGUCUUCUACAUCCUGAUCGGCGGCCUGGGCCUGGCCAUGCUAGUGGCCCUGGUGGAGUUCUGCUACAAGUCCAGGACCGAGUCACAUCGAAUGAAGCAAUCCAUCAAUGACGCCAUGCGCUGUUCCACCCUGACCAGAAUGAGCGGUAACGGGAGCGGAGGAGAGAACGGACGCCUCCUCACCCACGACUUCCCCAAAACCAUUCAGACACUGCCGUGCAUGAGCCACACUGCCAGCAUGGGACUGGGUGCCUCUGGCAUGUGAUCACAACACUGCGUUUUGGAGAAGGGGAGGGCAGGAAGACUAAUGACUCCAAAAAAACAAAACUAAACAAAACAUAAAAAACAACGUCUCCGUGGUUAGACCCAUCUAUUCUUCUGGCUGUGGCCGACUGGAACGAGAUUUAACUUACUGCCAAAAUGCACUCUUCAAACACAAGACAUUUUUUUAAUAUGUGGGUAUUGACGAUGUAAAAAAAAAAAAAAAAAGAAGGGAAGUGUGCUGCAAUAAAAAGUCUGGGUGUGUUUUUUUUUGUUCUUUUUCUUUUUACAAAAAAACCCUCAUCCUUAAGUGUGACGCCUGUGCUGUGCCAUUUGGAUGGAGUUGUCAGUCUGCAUGUGCAAAAAUGUUCACCUCAACUGCUGACCUUGUACUACCUAGAAGCUUUCUGGUGGCUGAUGGUGUCUUUGCACAGACAACAAUGUUUUGUUGUUUUGUUCUCACUCUUGCCAUGUUGGGAGGACCAAGUGCUCUGUGUAGCAUAGCCAGUUUUCUAGUCCAUGGGUUUGCACUGCUGUAUAUAUAAUGUGGUCGGUUUGAGUCACUCUCGGUCGAAGGCUGGUUGUUUGGGCCAGAACGUGCAUUGCUGCUACACCUCAUGGAACACGCCAUGCCUUGUCUUUGUGCCAUAGCACCAUUAUUUGUAUGUGCACACUGUUGUUUUCUUUUUUUAAAGCAAUGUGUGCGAUUAUAGAAAAAAGCGCAAAAUAGCGGCUAUGAGUGACCUUACACUGCAUCCUGCUGCUACAGCCUUCCCAGGACACCCACUGCUAUAAUCUGAAAUCUAGUAGCAGUACACGUGGAAUAAGACAAAUUAGAAAAAAAAAGCAAAUGAAAAUGUUCCCGGGAAAUAUUGCAUACUUGCCAACCUUGAGAC